ACUCUCCAUUCUAUAUUUACCUGACGGAGAAAAUAUUAAACACAAUUGUUUGACCGAGAAAAUUAUUUUAGCAUUAAAGUAUUCAAUAUCCUGCAAACGCAUUAAUUCAACACGAAUAAUAUCAACAAAAGAGCAUGGCUGAGGAUAAUUCGGAUCUGGAAUCAUAUUUGGAUGAACUGGAGAAACAUGUUGAAGAGGAUAUCACAGCGAUUUAUUCGGAGGUUGCCAACGAAGAAGAGGAAAAACAACAAGAGCAAGAUGAUGUUGAAGAUGACGACGCUUUGGAUGAUGCCGAACUAGAAGAUGGUACCAUAUUUAUGGAUGAGGAAGGAAAUUAUUACUAUCAAAGCGGUAAAAAGGCAGUUCAAGUAAAACCUGUAAAAAAAGAGAAAUCCAUUGUAAAAUCAGUGGCUGCUGCAGUAAAGAAAAGAAAACUAUCUCAAUCUCCACAACGUCCUGUUAAAAAGGAAAAACUCAACACUAGUAAGGAAAGUCCUAAACCACCUAGUCCGACAAAAUCCACAAAAACUAAUUCUAGAAAUAAAAAUGCAGGCAAUAAUUCAAUAUUAAAAUAUCUUGAUAUACAAAAGAAACCUAAAGAAACAAAAGCUGAAACACCCGCAAGUCCUGAAAAAACAAAAACCACAGCCAGAAAGCAAACGGCUAUUAAAAAGGCGACUAUUUCUCCAAGGGCUACAACAGUUCGAACCAGAGGACGAAAAGCCACAGAGCUCAAUGUGACAACAAAAACUGAGCCGACCGAUACAACUGAUGCCAAUAUAACAGCAUCGACGGUAGAUCAAACAAUAGCCUCUGAAGCCUCCGAAGCUAAUGGUGAGGUCUACGAUUUCGAUGAAACUGAAAGAACUGUGAAUGGGGCAGAUUUUACCGUGGACGAGAGCAAAGAAGAAGGUGUCAUCGAGAGCGAAGUAUUGCUUAAACCACUUCAUAUUACUCCUGAUUCUGAGGGCCAAUUUAAGUGUCAGAUCUGUGACUAUAGCACAAAUAAGAAAUUUCUUUUGACGCGUCACUUUAGGACACAUUCCGAUGACAGACCCUAUAAAUGUUCUGUUUGCGAGAGGGGUUUCAAAACUCACAAUUCUCUGAUGAACCACAUAAAUACCCAUUUGGGCAACAAACCCUAUAAAUGUGGCGAUUGUGAAAUGAGCUUUACCACAUCGGGUGAAUUGACAAGGCACAGACGUUACCGUCACACCCUCGUAAAACCCCACAAAUGUACUGAAUGUGAUUAUAGUAGUGUGGAGUUAAGUAAACUUCGUCGCCAUAUGCGUUGUCAUACGGGAGAAAGGCCCUACCAAUGUCCUCAUUGCACCUAUGCUUCUCCAGAUACCUUUAAAUUGAAACGUCACAUGCGCACCCAUACCGGUGAAAAGCCAUAUGAAUGCGAUAUUUGCCAUGCCAGAUUUACACAAUCGAAUUCACUGAAAUAUCAUCGUCUUAUACACUCGGUCAAUGAUAAGCCGGUAUUCCAAUGUAACUUGUGUCCCACAACGUGUGGACGUAAAACAGAUUUACGUUUGCACAUCCAGAAAUUGCAUAAUUCUGAGACGCCAUUUCCCUGCAAACGUUGUGGCAAAGAAUUGCCCGAUCGUUAUCAGUAUAAAAUGCAUGUUAAAACACACGAAGGAGAGAAAUGUUAUCGCUGCACAUAUUGCCCAUAUGCCUCCAUAUCACAACGUCUACUGGACACUCACAUGCUAAUACACACAGAUACCAAACCCUUUGUAUGCGACCUCUGUCAACAGUCCUUCCGCCAAAAACAAUUGCUUGCACGUCACAUGAAAUUGUAUCAUACGGCAAAUUAUGAGCCACCAAAACCCCUGAAAAAGGGUCACGUGUGUCCACACUGUGAGCGGGCAUUUGCCUUUAAAGGCAAUCUAAUGCGCCACAUGGAAACUCAUGAUCCCAAUUCUAAAAUAAAUGAGGAGAAACUUAAAAUAAAAAUGGGUCGUUUAAAACGGGUACAACCAGAUGGUACAGUGGUCACACAAAUAAAAAGUUCCUUUAUUUACAACGAAGAUGAGGUGGUGAAUGCCACUAAUGAACGUGAAAUGUCAGCCGAUAAUCAAGAAAAUGUUAUCUUUGAAGAUGAAAAUGGCGAACCUGUACAAUACGUAUACGAGGAUUAUGAGCCAGAAGAGGAAGAACCAGAGGAAGAGGAGGAAUACGAUGAAAACUAUCAGGAAUUGGAAUACUACGAAGAGGAGGAUGAAAAACCACAGUUUGUAAUAAAAACAGAAAAAUGUAAUCGAGAAUUUACGACAAUUGAUUUGCCAGCUGAAUUAAAUGUAAAGAAAGAGAAAGAAUCUGUGGUUGCAACAGAAGAUGAUGAAUAUAUGAUCAUUGAAGUGAUGCAAGAUGCUGAAGAAGUCGACUUGGAGGGACAACAGGAGUUUUGCCAAAAUUCACCAGAAAAACAACCAAAGAUUACCAACCCAGCACCUUCUGUUAUAAGCAAAUCAAAAACUUCGGCUUUAAAGGCUAUUACCGAGGAUUGUUUUGGUUUUGAUGAUGACGCUGAGUCUGAUGAUGAGGUAGCCGAAAAUACUGAACAUACUGAAACAUCGGAGUUGAUAGAAAUCCUCAAGGAAUAAGCAUAACUCUUUUAUUUAUGUUUUUAUAUUUAAUUUUAUAGUAAUUUCAAUGUAUUUAUUCUAUGUUUGUUAAAUAUGAUUAAAGUUAUAUACUGGUAUAGCUGUAGAAUUUUAAAGGUAUUGCUUGAAAAUAUCUUAAAAUAAUUAUUUAUAAUAUUAAUAAAAACCGCUUGUAAUCAUACAGAUAUUCAACAA